UUUAUAACAUCAUUCUGAUUUUAUGUAUUUCAGUUUAUCAACAGAACAACAAUGAGUUGUGUCUCAGAAAGACUAAUGUGUACAGGAAAUGCAACCAUUGACAAGGCCGGUUGUAUAUGCAACGAAGACCUAAAUGAACCUGGUUACAAUAUCUCUUGUGUUAACGGAACAAACUUCAUAACAGCCCCAGCUCUUUAUUUCGAUUUAGAGGUCACCGAGAAAUCUUCGGGCCUGGACCCAGAUAAUAUUGGCAUCCCACUUUGGCGUUUGUCACUGUGUUUACUGUUAUCAUGGAUAAUUGUUGUGGCUUGUUUGUAUAAAGGUGUAAAAUCAUCGGGAAAGGUGGUGUAUUUCACAGCAACAUUUCCUUAUAUCAUUCUUCUGAUUCUCUUAGUCCGUGGAUGUACGAUGCCUGGAGCCAUGAAAGGCAUAAAGAAGUUUAUAAUUCCAGACUGGGACAAAUUUAGUGAUUUAUCGAUGUGGGUUGAUGCUGCAGGUCAAAUGUUCUUCUCGCUCAGCGUGUGUUUUGGAGGAAUUAUCAUGUUUGGGAGUUUCAACAAGUUCAAAAAUAAUAUUUAUAUAGACUCUCUCAUCAUCAGUGUGAUGGAUCUGGUGACUAGUAUCAUCGCAGGUUUUGUCAUCUUCAGUGUUUUAGGGGGUUUAUCGACCGAAUCAAAUGUGGAAAUCGAGAAUUUAGCCAAAGGAGGUUUCGAAUUAGCCUUCGUCGUAUAUCCUGAAGCUUUGGCGCGUCUUCCGAUUCCUCAACUUUGGUCAAUUCUUUUCUUUUUCAUGUUAUUCACACUAGGACUGGACAGUGAGUUUGCUCUGCUUGAGACGGUCCUCACGUGCCUUCAGGACGAAUAUCCGAAACUUCGAAAAUUCAAAGGACUCCUUUGUUUUAGCUUCGGUGUUUGUUGUUUCUUUUUUGCCUUACCAUGCGUCUGCCCUGGUGGAACCUAUGUCGUUGGUCUUCUUGAUGGGUAUGCUGCUGACUUUUCAGUGCUCUGUGUAGCAUCAUGCGAGCUAAUUGCUGUCAUGUGGGUUUAUGGUUCACGAAGAUUUAUGAACGACAUUCAAUUCAUGAUCGGAUACACUCCCCACCCAGCUGCUUUCUGGGUCUUUUGUUGGACAAUUUGUGCUCCAAUUCUCAUUUCAAUGCUUUUUAUUUACCGGAUGAUCCGGUAUGAACCCCCCAAAUACGAUAACGGUGAGGUUUAUCCGGAAUUUGCCCAGAGUGUUGGUUGGCUCUUAUCCGGUCUGUGUUUAUGCCCGAGACCACUUUACUUUAUUUAUAGGUUUUGCUUGGAACCUGGAAGUAUUAAACAAGUAUUAAAUUUUCGAUUCCAUUGUGUGCAGGCAUAACACCAACGUCAUCAU